CUAUUAUACAUGUCAGUCUGACGGACUAACCUGAAUGCACUUCCCCGUUAAAGUACACUUUCACUUGUCCAACUUCGAUACUUUGGCGGUGAAUAUUCACUUCAUAUCAUAUCACCCAGAUCUUAUCGUAACCUAAAAUAGACUAGCGCCCGAUUUCACGCCAAGUUCAUGGUUUUGUUCAGGUCGCGGAUUCCGACCUGGACAACCUCACCACCACAACUCCCUCCUCCAUUUCCUUGAAAAGCACCCUCUCCUACAACUCCACCACUCGUUCACUCCCCCUCUAUCACCCCUCCCUCCCACCACACGACAUCACAGCCCCAGAGGCUCCAACGAAGACUAAUACUGGCGAAGGAGGUUGGGUGAAUCAUCGUUGCUUUGGAGGCCGUUGAGCAGAGCAGGCGAAGUUGUGGGGUACUACUACUUUGCGUUGUUGAAGGAGGAGGGCAAAAAGGCAUCAAAUACACGAUUCUAGUUCUCCCAGAGAGUUGAAAACUAUCUUGCAUGGAUGUAACUAGGUGCUGCUGUUGUUGAGACCAGAACCUGCCCCGUUGAACAACCGUGUGUGCUCUACGCGCUUCUCGCCGCACGCCCGCCACCGGGCCAAUUACUGCUUGUUUUCCUUUCACAUACUACAUCGUCGUCACACCUUUCUCUAUACUACAUAACCCAUAACCAUGUCUUACGGGGCGUCAGAUGAGGUGGCGGAGGACUUCAAGGUGGCGCUGGAGGACUUGACUAUGAACUCGAGAUAUGAAAUCAGCAAUCUUACUAUCAUCGCGAAAGAGAAUACAGAGAAUGCCCUCGCCAUUUCGGAGGCGCUGAAGGAUCAUAUUAAACGGACCGGCCCUUUGAAGAAACUCCCCGCGCUCUACCUCCUCGACUCGAUCGUGAAGAAUGUCGGCACACCCUACACACUAUUCUUCGGUCGGCAGCUGUUCUCGACAUUUAUGGAAGCGUACGCGCUGGUCGACAACAAUGUUAGACGGAAGAUGGAGGAGAUGCUGAAGACUUGGAAAGAACCAGUCCCCGGGUCGAUCGAUACACGCCCAGUGUUCCUCCCUGAAGUGACCAGGCCGAUUGAGAAUGCCCUCAUCAAAGCCAGGACGUCGGCCAUUCAAGCACAUCAAGAAUACGCCAGGCAACAACAACCACUCGCUGGCAAGAAUCGUCCAUCUCCAGUGCCUUUCCGAAACACAGCGACACCGCCCUUGCAACACCCAAAUAUGGCGGGGAACCAAUAUCCUGGCUCGCAAUACCCCCCGCCAUAUGGCAACCAGCAGCAACAACAACCCGCUCAAUACCAACCGCCGGCUGCGGCACAGCCGUGGCAACCUCAGCCUGCACAAACUCGGGGGUAUGGGGUGCUGGAUGAUAACAUAGACACACUGAACAGUGAUAUUGCACGUCUCAUUACUGCUGCAAAGAGUGAAUUUGCUCAAAAUCCAUAUGAUGGCAGUAUCCAGACAAGACUUAAGGCCCUGCUUGAUCUACAGAGCAUACUCGGCAGCCAAAAGCUGCCUCCUGAUCAGAUAGCGCUCAUAAAAGACCAAGUCAAGGCGCUGUCUGCUGCAUCUAAGCCGCAAGCGCCGCCGCCGCAACCUGCGCCGGCACCUGUACAAACCCCCGUAGCCGUAUCACAACCGCCUGCGCAGCAGCCCAGUCUUGCGUCUCUCUUGGGCGGCCAAAAUGCAUUGGCUGCUCUGCUGGCGAGGUCAACGUCGACACCUCGCGCGACUCCUCCACCACUACCAGCAAAUGUACAGCCAGCGCACUCGCAGCCGUCGUAUACACUCCCAGCAUACCCACCACCCCAGGGCCCUACGGCCAGGCCACCUUCAGCGACGCCAAACCCAAUGUCUCUCCUCGAUCAGCUGCGAGCUGCUGGAUUAUUACCCAGUGAACCAGCGCCGACGGCAACACCACCAAUCCGCCAAAUGCCACAGAUUCCUCCACCAAGCGCCUUCCCAGGCAUCUUUCCCCCCCCUCCAGUUUUACACGGUCAAACCGGCCAACUCCCCACGUGGGCUGGAGGUCCCCAGGCUGCCGUUGACAUCGUCCAACUCACACCUGCGUCGCUCAAGAUUCCCCGCCCCCACCUGAUCGGUCGCCUCUACGAGCGUCUCGGCAUCCCGUGCACCCAGUGCGGACGCCGCUUCCAGACCGACGAGGAGGGCAAGAAGAAGAAGGCCGCGCAUAUGGACUGGCAUUUCCGUGUGCACCAGCGUAUGGUCGAGGCGGAGAAGCGUGGGCAGCAUCGGAGUUGGUAUGUCGAUGAACUGGAUUGGAUCAAGUCCCGGGAAACGGACGAAGAGCACCUCGCCAGCGCCACCACCGACAAAGACGCCCCUGCCUCCCAGGGCCCGAAGAAACAGCAGUACCUCGCUGUGCCAGACGACCCGGAGCUGGCGAAUAGUCUCUGCCCGAUUUGUCAGGAGAAGUUCGAGAUGAAGUGGCUGGAUGAGGAGUUUGUCUGGAUGGAUGCGGUGAAGAUUGGGGAGAGGAUUUAUCACGCGAGUUGUCAUGCGGAGGCGCGGAAGAGUUAUCGUGGGACGCCGGAGCCGGUGUUGGGGAAGAGGAAGAAUGAGGAGGAGUUACUUUCUGUAAGGACGAAGAUCAAGACGGAGCCUUAAGGGGGGCCGCCGUUUCUCAGGUCUUGCGGAGGCUGCAAAACUGAAUGAGAAAGAUCACGUUGGGGUUGAACUCCCCAUCAAUAGACGCUCUUGAGUUGUGAUCUAGUCACCGGUGAACAAACAUGGCGGUACAUAGAACGCUCAUGGACUGAGUAUAUGAGAAGAGAGAAAGGAAUCAACUAGAGGGGCGGGGAGGGGGGAUGUAUUACAAUGCAUAGCGCACGGAGUUCAGGGCGCACUUUGUGCCAGAA